AUGACGAUUUCGCUGCACCAAGACGAGCGUUUUGGGCCCACUGCUGCUGCAGUUCUGUGGUGUUCGGCGGGGGGGGGGGGCAGUGGAGUCGUCGGCGAUGAUGUGGUGAAGGAGCGGAGAAGUGGUGGUGGUGUGUGUGGAUAUAAGAAGGGCGUUUAUAACCCGAGUGGCGGCGAAAAGUACUCGAACGGGUCGGAAACACGAGCCCCCGAACAACCCGCUUGGGAUCUAUAUACGAACAGACACGCAUCUCCGGACUCGUAA